AUGCGUCACGCGCUACCACUCGGCUUCAUCCUCGUACUCGUGUCAGUGUUCGCGCGUCGGGCUACCGGUUGCGCUUUCUGCGAAAGGCUGUCGCAGCAACAGCUGCAGCUGCGCCAGCUACAGCAGUUGUCGCAACAACAACCGCAGCAGCAACAGGGGUACAAAACGAUGGGAAGCCCGAGGCCUUUUGGUGCCGAGAAGCCGACCAGGGUGCAGGAGUUCAACAGGACCGGCGUGCUGCAUCCCGAGUACCAGAUACCAGCCACCCUUCGCCCCGGUAACGUAUCUCAGUUUUAUUACCUGAGUCCACGCGAAGGGCCACCUCUCACGUUACUCGUUAGCCCUUGUAGCGGGCCAAUAUCAUGGACGGUCAGUUACGUCGAGCCACCGGAAAACGUUGAAGAAGCGGAAGGAACAAAAUCGCAAACACGGUGGCCAGUGAAGAGUUUGAAGCCAGGCUCACCCUUAUUCGCGUACGAGGGUGCGGAGGAUCAGAAUUUUACGAUAUCAAAGACACGCGCCGGUCUUUAUUGGUUCGAAAUUAAAUCCGUGAACCCUCCUGAUGCCAAUUUGCAAAAAUUGACACCAAGCACGGUGCUUCUGUAUGCCACGUCGAGCAGCUUGAGCCAUAUACCGGAAUUGUAUGCGAAUGAGAGGGAAAAUCGUCAUCGUUCAUUGAGAUUUCAACAACGAAGAAGUAAACGUCGACUUACGAUAUCUUGGAAUAAAAGCAACAUAAAUCCCCAUCUCUCGCACUACUGUUUAGCCGUGACAUCAGGGUCUCAGCCACAUCCCUUGACCCUUUGCGCUGCGCAAAGCCUUCUACGCGUUCACCCGCAUCCGACAAAAGGGGGUUCUUCUAAGGAACAGCAGCACCGCGGCAUUCCGGAAGGACUUCAUUGCGUACGUCAAACAAAAUUGACGCUCCACAGGAUGAAGUACGAUACCACGUACAAUUUUACUUUAUACGUGGUAAAUACGAGGAAUAACGUGUCGAAUCGGAUAGCAACUGAUACUAUAAAAUUCCGGAAAACGCCGGAAUUGAGGCUACGCACUGGACAUUAUACCACAGCUAAUUUACGUAAAACCGAUGGAUUCAUCAACUUCCGUUACCGACCCCCGGAAAAUGCCUCGAGUACCUUUCAUAUUCUUCCUUGCGGUGGCGGCAUCGUUAGAGCAAAAUUAAGUGGCCCAGGAAUUUUGAGGGAAAAGGAGGUAGUAGGAUACGCAUCAUUAAGGGUACCACCUUUAACUUCAGGGAAGACAUACACAUUACGGAUAUCCGCUACACCACAGGAAUUAAUACGAGUAUCCGCCAUUAAAGUGCUAGCUACCCAAGAAUCGUCUGCGAUAUAUCCACAGAUUCCAUCCAGAAGUGCACCACGCGAGUACAGAUCCCUAAGAACAUGCCAUGAGGUGACCGUAGGGGUAGAGCCUGCAGGCUCCGCGAAGUAUUGCAUCCUCGUAAGGGAAUUAAAGGGCAGCACGGCGUUGGCCAGCGUGACGACGAUCCCUGAUCAGUGUAGUCUUCAUCGUCGACGCCGUUCCGAGUACACGUUCGAGGUUUGCGAAGAGAAGCAGAGUCCGCCGAAAGAUCGGGCACUUCCGUUCACCCUCAAGAGGCUACAGCCAGGGAAGGCUUAUAUCUUGCAAAUCACGGCACAGUUGAAAGGUCAAUCAUUGUCCUAUCCGCUGCUGACUGUACGCACCCGACGUUCCUGUCUACCUUGAUAAUAAUUCGAAGAAAAUAGGAAUAAUCAAUGGCGAUCAUCG